CUGUAUGCAUAAAAAGAGCCAGUCAUUGAAUUUCACAAGGAAUAGUGAAGAAUUUUAGACAGUUUAUUGCUCAAACUAUUGCGUUCAAAUAAAAGUGAUUUGAUAAAAUCAUUUCGAUUUGCAAUUUAAUUUAAACGAAAAAAAUAGCAAUUUAUAUUAUUGAAAAUGAGUGUACGCGUUAUUGAAGAUGAUAGUCAUUUCCAACAAGAGCUUCAAGCAGCUGGCGUUCGUUUGGUGUGUGUUGAUUUUACAGCAAGUUGGUGCGGACCAUGCCAGCGAAUUGCACCACACUUUGAACAAUUACCGACUAAAUAUCCACGAGCAGUUUUCCUAAAAGUUGAUGUUGAUAAGUGUCAAGAUACAGCAGCUGCACAAGGCGUUAGUGCGAUGCCAACAUUCUUUUUCUAUAGAAAUAAGACAAAGAUAGAUCGUCUUCAAGGUGCUGACCUUGCCGGCCUAGAAGCAAAAAUUCAACAACACAUCGGAAGUGGUGAUGCUGAUUCAGGUGAAGAUUUGGGACAGGGUUUGAUGGAUCUGAAUGUUUUUAUAACAAAAAAUCAAUGCGAGUGUUUGAACGAAGCAGACGAUCAUCCAUUGGAACAUGCAUUCACCAGCGGUGGUGGCUAUUUGCAGUCGGAUUGCGAUGAACAAUUAAUUUUAUCGGUUACAUUCAAUCAAGCGGUCAAAAUACAUUCAAUUAAAUUGAAAGCACCCGAAAAACUCGGACCAAAAACACUAAAACUAUUCAUCAAUCAGCCGAGAACCAUCGAUUUUGAUCAAGCUGAAUGCUGCACGGCCAUUCAAGACAUUGUUGUUGAUCCAAAAGAUUUAUCAGGCAAUGCAAUCAAUUUACGUUAUGUAAAAUUCCAGAAUGUGCAAAACAUUCAGAUUUUCAUAAAGGAUAAUCAAAGUGGCGGCGAACUGACACAGCUUGAUUACAUCGGUUUUAUCGGUUCACCAAUCGCUACAACCAAAAUGGAUGAUUUUAAACGUAUCGCCGGCAAAAAAGGAGAAAGUCAUUAAUGACCACCCCCCAAAGCCACCCAAUUGCAAUUAUUGGAAAUAAAACAACAUAAGCCCAAAAUCGUAUUUUCUUUUCA